AUGUCCGAUCUAUUCCAUACAGUACAAAAGGAGAGUUGGGCUUAUGUUGGUCUUCUCGGAUUUCUGUUAUUCCAUUUGGGAAUAAUAUUGUGUGUGUUAGCAUUCGAAGGUGCUAUUGAACAAAAUUUAGAAAUAUACGUGCAAGUCAUCGGUGUUUUACUACUUAUAGCGGGGCCUGUGAUAAUGGUUUUAUCGGCAUACAUUCGGAACAAACAAAGGAAGAGAAUACGGUGGAUUGGGCAAAAACAUGUCAAACGAACACUUAAACUGCGCGUACCAAAGAAAGGGAAAAUAAAACACAAAACCAAUGUGCAGUUUUCUCCUAAAAUGCUACGUGAUGCCAGUAAAGCCAAAGUGUCGCCUUCACCGUGGUAUAGUGAUUCUUCUGGUCCGUUACCUGAUUACUCCUCAAACAGGAAUAUUGAGGCUUGGAUCAUUGAACAUCAUUAUAAAAAGGGAGUGGGAUCUUCCGGUAUAACAUUUGAAUCUUUUAAAGGCGAAGAAUUAGCAAGCAGACUGUCUUCUUUGGUCUAA